GCUUGCAGCCCCCCACUUUCCUUUCCCCAGCCCUGCUGCCAGCUGAUAAGUCUCCCUGCAGCUGCUGGUUCCUGCCUGGGACCAUCUGUGUGGAGACUGGUUGGGAGAAGCGGGCACUUGCUCCUGGCACUGAUCCCAGCUGAGUGCCUCCUGUGGAUUUCUGGACCACAGAUGCUGCUACUGAGGAGGUAUUUGCUGGCAUUCCUCCCUCUACUACCGCCAGCUUAGGACCAGCCCCCAAACAAGGUACCAUCCACUCCUUUCCCCUGGCAUUUUUCCCAGCUGAAAUAUCCCUGCUUUCUUCUGGAAACUAGGCGCUCCAGCCUGCAAUACCCUGGAUUGUGUGUGUGUGUGUGUGUGUGUGUGUGUGUGUGUGUGUGUAUUGGGGGAGAAGAGGAGAAUGUUCUUGGCAUUGCUCUGUCCGGUGCCUGCUGAAUGCAAAGAGGCCUUUGCCCUAGCACUGGAGACUUUUCCGAGGCAGGUACCUGUCAUCUGCCACCCCCGUGCUUCAGCUCCCUCUCUCCCCCUCCCCCAGCCCAUUAUUGUGCUUCAGUCUUUUGUGUCGGUGGCAGAAGGCUGAGGGAAAUGUCUUUGCCCUCCCAGCAGGCAAGUGUCAUGAUGGGCUGCACUGCGAGAAGCCGACGCUAGCUAGCGAGGUGUGAAGAUUCGGCCACAAUGACCAAUUCCUCCUCCACGUCCACCUCCUCCACCACCGGGGGAUCGCUGCUGCUGCUCUGCGAGGAAGAGGAGUCGUGGGCGGGCCGGCGCAUCCCCGUGUCCCUCCUGUACUCAGGCCUGGCCAUCGGGGGCACGCUGGCCAACGGCAUGGUCAUCUAUCUCGUGUCCUCCUUCCGAAAGCUACAGACCACCAGCAACGCCUUCAUCGUGAACGGCUGCGCCGCCGACCUCAGUGUCUGCGCUCUCUGGAUGCCGCAGGAGGCGGUUCUCGGGCUCCUGCCCGCCGGCUCCGCGGAGCCCCCCGGGGACUGGGACGCCGCCGGCGGCAGUUACCGCCUGCUGCGGGGCGGGCUGCUGGGCCUCGGGCUCACCGUGUCGCUCUUGUCCCACUGCCUCGUGGCCCUGAACCGCUACCUGCUCAUCACCCGGGCGCCUGCCACCUACCAGGCGUUGUACCAGCGGCGCCACACGGCGGGUAUGCUGGGGCUGUCCUGGGCGCUCGCCCUGGGCCUCGUGCUGCUGCUCCCGCCCUGGGCGCCGCGCCCGGGCGCCGCGCCACCACGCGUCCACUACCCGGCGCUGCUGGCCGCCGCGGCGCUACUGGCGCAGACGGCGCUGCUGCUGCACUGCUACCUGGGCAUCGUGCGCCGCGUGCGCGUCAGCGUCAAGCGGGUGAGCGUCCUUAACUUCCACCUGCUGCACCAGCUUCCCGGCUGCGCCGCCGCCGCCGCCGCCUUCCCGGGCGCCCCGCACGCUUCGGGCCCCGGUGGCGCAGCGCACGCCGCGCAGGCCCAGCCGCUGCCGCCGGUGCUGCACCCACGGCGGGCGCAGCGGCGUCUCAGCGGGCUGUCGGUGCUGCUGCUCUGCUGCGUCUUCCUGCUGGCCACGCAGCCGCUGGUGUGGGUGAGCCUGGCCAGCGGCUUCUCGCUGCCGGUGCCCUGGGGCGUGCAGGCGGCCAGCUGGCUUCUGUGCUGCGCCCUGUCAGCGCUCAACCCGCUGCUCUACACGUGGAGGAACGAGGAGUUCCGCCGCUCGGUGCGCUCCGUCCUGCCCGGCGUCGGCGACGCUGCAGCCGCAGCCGUCGCCGCCACCGCGAUGCCCGCCGUGUCCCAGGCGCAGCUGGGCACCCGCGCCGCCGGCCAGCAUUGGUGA